AUGCUGCUCCAACUUUUCUGCACUUUUCAAUUAUUUCUGACUUUUACCAACGCACAAAUCACUCACGAUUUGAAUUGCUCUACAUACUCUCCAAGUAGUGGUUAUAUUUACACAUGGAGAGCGGUUUCCUGUUCAAAUGUUCUCUCUGAUUAUCUCUGUGAACUCUAUUAUCCCAGUGUGAAUGGUUAUCCAGAAGAAGGAUCAAAUGCUAGCCGUCCUAUUCAGUGUUACACUCCCGGAAUUUCAUCAGCUCCUGCAAAUGGAGAUGCUAAAACAGUGGCGAUUGCUUACUGUCCCAAAACUUGUGGAUACUGUUGUGAGACUCCCAAAUUCAAUUGUCAAAAUAAGAAUCAACGCCUUCCCUGUCACACCAUCACAAAACUCCAGUGUGAGUCGCCAAACUGGCGUGACAUACUUGCCGAUGAUUGCGCGUCUACAUGUGGAUUAUGCCCAGACAAUACAGACCUCUGCAACGAUUUGAAUCCAGACUGUGCGAAUGCUCCAGAAGUCUGCACGAACCCUCGCAUGGAAGAUUUCGUGAAUAAAUACUGCAGGAAGACUUGUAAUAGAUGUUUCAAUCAGAAUACUUCCACAACUUCGAAACCAUCAAUUGGGAAAUGA